AAUUUACAAAGCGCUGGAUAUGCUUGUAGUUCGGUAGGCGGCCGUCUAAUGAUUCGUGUGAAAGCUCCUGUAUGUACUGCAGGUCAACUGAUCAACAAGCCGGCCAUCUGAAAUGAGAACUGCCUACCUGUCAUUGUUGUCAACGUCAAAGAUACACGGUCGCGGGACCAAUUGAUCUAGCGCACCAGCAAACAAAGCAGAAUACGCAUAGCAGGCUGCUGGAUGCUGCCUCCGUUCAUACACAACACCUCCAACCUCCUAGCUAGGCAUCAUUUUCUGUCGCUCCCCCUCUCCCUCGGACGGUUAGUGCGAGGGAGCUUCGUAUUAUUACAUUCGACUUUUCCGAUGCGGCACAACCAGCUUCUUCUUCUUCUCCAUGUUUGAUCAAUCACCACCACCGGCUUCUUCUUCUUCUUCUUCUUCUUCUUCUUCUUCUUCUUCUCCAUACAGGAGUUAGUCUGAUCCUAAGCUAGGAAGAAACUCUCUCUGGUGCCGUGUGUUUAUAUGAGUCGCCAUGCCUUGUUGCUGCUGCUGCUUCCGUGUUUCCAGCAAGAAAGAGAAACACGCCUCCGGUCUCUACUCCCGUUCCAUGGGCAGACUGUCAUCUGAGAAGAAGAUCAGGCUCUUCUCCUACGCGGAGCUGCGGUCGGCGACCAACAACUUCCACCGGAGCAACAACAUCGGCCGAGGCGGCUUCGGCACCGUCUACAAGGGCGCGCUGCGGGACGGCGGCGGCGACGUGGCGGUCAAGGUGCUGUCCGCGCACUCCCGGCAGGGCACCACGGAGUUCCUCACCGAGAUCGACGUCAUCGCCAACGUGGAGCACCCCAACCUGGUGUCCCUCCUGGGCUGCUGCGUGGAGGGCCGCCACCGCAUCCUCGUCUACGAGCAUCUCCGCAACGGCAGCCUCCACGGCGCCCUCCUCGCCUCCGCCGGUGACCCCGCCAGGCUCACCUGGGGGAUCAGGCGCGGCGUCUGCGUCGGCGUCGCCAGGGGCCUGGCGUUCCUGCACGAGGAGAUGGCGUCCGGCCCCAUCGUGCACAGGGACAUCAAGGCCAGCAACGUCCUCCUCGACGCCGGCUACGGCGCCAAGAUCGGCGACUUCGGCCUCGCCAAGCUCUUCCCGGACGCCGCCACACACGUCAGCACCCGCGUCGCGGGGACCACGGGGUACCUCGCGCCGGAGUACGCGCUGUACGGCCAUCUCACCAAGAAGGCCGACGUCUACAGCUACGGGGUGCUGCUGCUGGAGACCGUCACCGGCAAGAGCAGCUCCAGGAGCCUCCAUUUAUCCGACGAGGGGGACAAGGUGCUGGUGGAGAGGGUGUGGGAGCUCUACGAGGCCGCCAACCUCAGGGAGAUGAUCGAUCCGGCCAUGGAAGACGGGUGCAAUGAGGAGGAGGCUGUGAGGUACAUGAAGGUGGCGCUGCUGUGCACGCAGGCGACGCCGCAACGGCGGCCGUCGAUGCCGCAGGUGCUGGAGAUGCUGGAGAGGGAGGAUGUCCGGGUGAGGGAGAAAGAGCUCACGCCGCCGGGCUACGUCGUCAGGGACAACAAGGACAGCCACUCCACGUCCAUGCUCGUUGCUUCGCACACCCUGACGGAGCUGGCGCCAAGGUGAAGAAGAGCAACUAGGCACAAGGUUCGUCCGUUCGAGUAACUGAGUAGCUAGUAGUAGAAUUGAACUGACAAUCUGAGGCAUCAGCCAGACUGGCAGAGAGUCUAGCAGUCCUUGCCAUGAACGAUGCCACCAUUGUUCUUCCCAAAGGGUAAGUGCUUACUCUCCAGGUGCGUGGCAGUCCGGCCAUAAUGUUUCUCAAUGGUAAUUUUAGUCAUUCAAGGAUGGCAAAUUUGAGUGAUACACGCCAAAUUUUUGUUGAAAAUAAAUUGAAGCAUUAAAGUUGUCA